AUUCACAAUUUCAAGAUCACAAUUUUCCAAUUAAGAAAAAGUUAGGGUUAGGGAUUUCGCACCUUUUCCCAAAAUCUCAUCAAAAUCAAAUCACUAUGUCUUCAACGAAAAAGAUCACCCUUAAGAGUUCCGAUGGAGAGGCCUUUGAGGUCGAUGAAGCGGUGGCUUUGGAGUCACAGACGAUUAAGCACAUGAUUGAAGAUGAUUGUGCCGACAGUGGAAUUCCUCUUCCUAACGUGACAAGCAAGAUCUUGGCGAAGGUAAUCGAGUAUUGUAAGAAACAUGUUGAGGCUGCGAGUUCUGAUGAUAAACCUACUGAGGAUGAUCUUAAGGCUUGGGAUGCUGAUUUUGUUAAGGUUGACCAGGCUACGCUCUUCGAUCUCAUACUGGCUGCAAACUACUUGAACAUCAAGAGCCUUCUUGAUCUUACCUGCCAGACAGUUGCAGACAUGAUAAAGGGGAAGACACCUGAAGAAAUUCGCAAGACUUUUAACAUCAAGAAUGACUUCACACCUGAGGAAGAGGAGGAAGUUCGUAGGGAGAAUCAAUGGGCAUUUGAAUGAUGUGUUUCAAAUCUCACACAGAGAUUUGCAAAGUGGAUUAAUGGCUAUUAUGUUUGUUUUAUUCACCAAAAAUCCUCAAUGUAGAUUUAUCUAUGCUAUGUACUCUGUUUGUCUAUGGGAUUAUUCGUGCUGAGUGUUAACUAUAUUCACUGGACAGCGUUAUCUUAUGUCAUGAACUUAAGGGAAGUCUGAAUUGUAAGUAAAGUAAUAGUUGUUUAUGAGCAUAUGGGUUGAUUUGGAUGGUUAUUAAAUUCAAUAAUUGUUACCCUUUGGUUCCUAAUUUUUCAUUAUAUUAAAUGUGUAUG